AUGGACUCUCUUGAGCACGACUUGCGAACAAGCAUUGCCGCACUUGAUGAAGUGGUUCAGCGAAUUAGCACAGUAAACCAAAUUGUGGAAAAUAUAAAAGAAUUUCAGCGCAUAAAUGCACCAGAAAGGACAGAAACAAUUGAAGAAUACUAUCUUUCCGAAAUAAACAAGUGGAUUUUAGCGACCGACAAAAAGAAUGCAGAAUUGGAAAAGAAGGAAAAGCAUUUGCUAAGCACCCAGACAAAAUACUUGGCAGCACUAAAAAAGCUGAAAGAUUUAGAAAACAAAAUACAGAAUACAACAGAGAAGUACAAUUACUGCAAGAGUCAGAUUGAAAAAUUACAAAAAUGA